AUGUGGUCGUCUUCACAGCCUUUGUGCCAAUUUUCAUAUGAAUAUAGUUAUAUCACGCGAGGGAACUCAGACCCUCAAAAAUCAGGCUCAUCACUGAGCGACUCGAGUAAUGUCGACUCCUUCUGUUUCUUUGAAUAUAACAACGACAAGUAUUUUGCAAUAGGAGACCACUCUGGAAGACUUUCAGUCUUUAAUUACUUCAGUGGAGUUAUACUCAAGUCGGUGACAAUCAAAUCAUGUGCGACUGGACAACUCCGCGCAAAGAAGUUUGCGAUGUUUCUGAAGGAAGUUAUUGAAGAGACGGAGGAGAAGAUCAAACGAGUGAAUAAAGCAAGACUGUCGCGCGGGAUCAUUUCAUUGCAAAAAACUGGACAAGUAAUAGACACGACGCCGAUACUGAAAGAGAACAAUAUCAUCGACGACUACACCGCAGAGGCAAAGAAAAAGGAAGAGAUCGACGCAGAAUUGGCAAGUCUGACAAAUGAAAUGGAUGAACUCAAAAAGAUGCAUCAAGAUCUUCAAAUACAAUUCAAACAAUUGACGCCAUCAACUGAGUAUAUUUUAUUGACAACAGCUGAGAAUUAUAUUAAAGAAGUGUUUGAAAAAUAUAAUUUUGAUUGUGAGAGUAAAAUGAUAUCAAGUGGAGCUAUAGGAGAUGUAGUCUUUUUAGAUGGCGUUUUAUGCGUCGCGUUUCGUAAAGAUCUCCAUAAAAUCUCGUUCACGGAAUUUAUAGAAAAUCAACAAGACGAAUGGAUUGUCAAAGAAGGUUCAAAUACUGUACAUGAUGGAAUGAUCAAAAAAAUCCACAUCAUCGAUAAUAUCCUCGUUACUAUUGCAAAUGAUAAAAAAAUAGCUUUAUGGACUAUCCAGAACGAAAUGCCCCUUUGUAUCAUUUUAAGAGAAAGCGAUGAUUAUUACAAAACGUCCGAAGUCAUUACUUAUAACAACCAAAACUAUUUGUUCAUUUCACGACAAAACGAAAUCCACGUCUUUUUGAUGGACACACAAAAUCCAACGAAUUCUCACUUUCUCCAAAAACUCGAAGUCAACGGAAAAUCAAUCCACGAGGAUGACGUGGACAUCAUUGCUCAAACCAGCCAAAACCGCAUUUUAACGGCAUCGUGUGAAGGUCGAGUAGUUAUUUGGGAUUUAAAAUCUUUAACAUUCUCUCAAUUGAUUCAUUUAAUUUCACAUAACACUGAUCAAAAGAAAUUAUAUAAUAUAUCGGCAAUGGUUUCGGUUUUAGAAAGUAAUGGCAUAACUCAUUAUUUAACAUUUGGGCAAUGGAUAGUCGCCCUUGAAGAGAAAAACGGGGUGUUUAGUGACAUCUCUCCAAAACGAAAUGAAGACGUAUUUCAACAACCGUAUGGAAAAUAUUCCGUUGACGUGACACAUAUUCUUACCAUCGGAAAUAUCGUUUUGGUAGUCACGGCAGAAAGUGGGACUAUUUAUAUUCACAUGAAAAACAAAAAGCCACGUGGAAGAGAUGAAUUAGUUUUUAUUGAAAGUAUUAAUCUCAAUGGAAAAAUAACGGCCGUACAUAUGUUAGAUAUAGACGAAGGGAGUUUCAUAGUUACCAUUAAUGAUGGGACUGUUUUGAUGCUCAAAGAUUCCGCAAAGGAAAUGAAAAGAAGGCAGACAUUGUUCCUCGCUGAAAUGCAAGGAUUUUAA